CAUUUGCAGGACUGAGAAUGCUGUGCUGUUGUUCCAUGAGCUGGUCAUCGAGUCUACCUACCAAUACCCCUUCUGAGCCUCUGGCUGCCUGGAAGCUCCACUGCUACUUACAAAGAUGAAGUGUGUCUUGGUGGCCACUGAGGGUGCAGAGGUUCUCUUCUACUGGACAGAUGAAGAGUUUAAAGAAAGUCUCYGGCUGAAGUUCGGGCAAUCAGAGAAUGAGGAAGAAGAGCUUCCUGCCCUGGAAGACCAGCUCAGCACCCUCUUGGCCCCAGUCAUCAUCUCCUCCAUGACCAUGUUGGAGAAACUCUCAGACACAUACACAUGCUUCUCAACAGAAAAUGACAACUCCCUGUAUGUCCUUCACCUGUUUGGAGAAUGCCUAUUCAUCGCCAUCAAUGGGGACCACACUGAGAACGAGGGAGAUCUUCGGCGGAAGCUCUGUGUGCUCAAGUACCUGUUUGAGGUGCACUUUGGACUGGUUACUAUGGAUGGCCAGCUCGUCCGAAAGGAGUUACGGCCUCCUGACCUAGAGCAGCGUGUCCAGGUGUGGGAGCACUUCCAGAGCCUGCUGUGGACCUAUAGCCGCCUACGGGAGCAGGAGCAGAGCUUCGCUGUGGAGGCUGUGGAGCGGCUGAUUCACCCCCAGCUCUGUGAGCUGAGCAUAGAGGCGCUGGAGAGGCAUGUCAUCCAGGCUGUCAACUCCAGCCCUGAGCGGGGCAGUGAGGAGGCCCUGCACGCGUUCCUGCUCGUUCACUGCAAGCUGCUGGCCUUCUACUCCAGCCAUGGUGCGAGUUCCCUGCGCCCAGCCGACCUCCUCGCCCUCAUCCUCCUGGUUCAGGAUCUCCACCCGAGUGAGAGCACAGUAGAGGACGACAAUGAUGGCCAGCCUUCCCCAGGGAGGAGGCCCCACAGAAGCCAGAACAUCCCUGUGCAGCAGGCCCGGAGCCCAUGUGUCUCGGGCCCAACCAAGGGGAGUUCUGCAGAGACGGAUACAGACAGCUUCUCUCUCCCUGAAGAGUACUUCACACCAGCUCCUUCCCCUGGCCAGCAGAGCUCAGGUAGCACCAUCUGGCUAGAAGGGGGCACCCCGCCAACUGAUGUUCCCCAGAUAGCUGAGGACACCCUCCAGACAAAGGUUCCUCACUCCCCAGUGCCUUCCAGCCCCAGAAGAAUCUUCCUGGAUGCCAGUAUAAAAGAAAUUUAUUGCCCUUUGGUGCCCCACACCAUGUACUGCCUACCCCUGUGGCCGGGCAUCAACAUGGUGCUCCUGACCAAGAGCCCCAGCACCCCACUKGCCUUGGUCCUGUACCAGCUGCUGGAUGGUCUUUCCCUGGUGGAGAAGAAGCUGAAGGAGGGCCAGGAGGCCGGCAGUGGCCUGCGGUCCCAGCCCCUCCUGGGAGAACUGCGCCAGAGAAUGGACAAGUUCAUCAAGAAUCGAGGGGGACAGGAGAUCCAGAGCACCUGGCUGGAGUUUAAGACCAAGGCCUUCUCCAAAAGCGAACCGGGAUCAUCCUGGGAGCUGCUCCAGGUGUGUGGGAAGCUGAAGCGGCAGCUCUGCUCCAUCUACCGGCUCAGCUUCCUGACCACAGCGCCCAGCAGGGGAGGCCCACACCUGCCCCAGCACCUGCAGGACAAAGUUCAGAAGCUUAUGCGGGAGAGGCUGAUGGACUGGAAGGACUUUCUGUUGGUGAAGAGCAGGAGGAACAUCACCAUGGUAUCCUACCUGGAGGACUUCCCAGGCUUGGUGCAUUUCAUCUACGUGGACCGAACAACUGGGCAGAUGGUGGCACCUUCCCUUAGCAGCAGUGAAAAGACUUCAUCAGAAUUGGGCAAGGGGCCCCUGGCCGCCUUCGUCAAAGCCAAGGUCUGGGCCCUGGUCCGGCUGGCGCGCCGAUACCUGCAAAAGGGCUACACCACUCUGCUGUUCCACGAGGGGGACUUCUGCUGCUCCUACUUCCUGUGGUUUGAGAACGAUAUGGGCUACAAGCUGCAGAUGAUUGAGGUGCCUGUCCUCUCCGAUGACUCAGUCCCCAUUGGUGUGCUGGGAGGUGACUACUACAGGAAGCUCCUUCGCUACUACAGCAAGAGCCACCCCACGGAGGCCAUCAGGUGCUACGAGCUGCUGGCCCUGCACCUGUCAGUCAUCCCCACCAACCUGCUGGUGCAACAGGCCAGCCAGCUCGCCCGGCGCCUGGGGGAGGCCUCUCGUGUGCCCCUGCCCUAGGCCAGGUUGCAGGCUGCUGCCAGGGCACCUGUUCUGCAGCCAUCCCUGCUUGCAAAAGUGCCCCCCCAUAGCAGAAACUUUUCUUCUGUCCCCAGUAGCCUCCUGAGGAUGCGAGGAGGCCCCAAGGUUUAUCACACCCCACUUGGACCACCUCCACACGGGGUGGUGAACAAACCCCUAAAUCCUGCCCUCUGGAGGCAGAGGCUUUGGGCUUCCUCUUUAAAACAGUGGUGACUGUGAGGUCAGAGACCGCAGCAGCUCCUCUUUCAGAGCUGCAUCCCCACUUGUCCCCAGAAGAGAGGGAGGAAGAUCCUAAUGCUCAGACUGUCUGAAGACCCCCCUCUGCCUCUGCUGUUCUGAGCAGAAAAGCCUGUUUUCUGCCCCAGAUAAAAGGUGCGCCAUUGGCUGGUUGAGUUCCAGCUCUGUAGCCUCGUCUGCAACUCGGGGCAUUUUCAACGCUGUUCCCCCACAUUUCAAGUAAUGACAUCCCCCCUCAGGUGGCUGGGAGGGUCACCCAGCACAUGAUAGGUGCUUAAUAAAUGUCGGUUGUUG